AUGCAUGUUUUUAAUAUUGAUGAUUAUCAUUCAAUUCAUUCUUAUAAAAGAUCAAAUACUACAUCUUUAUCAAAUAUAUAUCAUAUAGCUACUUGUGUUGCAAAAAGAAUUAAUAAUUGUGCACCAAUUCUAGCAAUAUUUAAUGAUAUUUCAUUUUUUAAUCCUCUUAAUAUUGAUGCAAGUUUAAUUAACAAAUAUUUGCUUAAAAAAUAUAAUAAAACUUUUGAUAUAAAGCUUCUUACAAUUCAUAUUUAUAAUGAUACAAUUUGUGAACAAAAAGAAGAAAGAUCAAUAGAAAAUGUACAAAUUGUUGAUAUUGAAAAAUAUAGAUUAAAAUCAACAACAGAUUAUAUUAAAGCACUUUCAAUGAUAACACAAAUACCAUCAUUAUAUAAAUAUUUAGAAUAUAAUAUUUUAUCAGUUGUAGCAGAUAGGCCAGGACAAUUAUAUAUUUGA